GCCCACCACCCUCCCUCUUCCCUUCGGUGCGUCUCGGUCCGCCCGCAGCAGUCUCCUUUCCCGGCGAGGUUUCAAUACAGAGAUGGCUGCGAAAGUGUGCAGAUCAGUACUCCUGUUGUCCCGGAGCAGCGGAGCGGUGGCCGGUAGCCUCCCCGCACUUGUUGUCUCUUCACAGCGGCAUCAUCAGCAUAUAAGACCGCAGGAGGUACUGUGUGCACCUUUCACCCGUCAGACUGUCAGGAGAGCACAUGGCCUACGGUCUGCAGCCCACUCCACACUCUUCACCCAGCCUCCCACUGCCCUGUCUCCACAGGUUUGGAGGGGCGCCCCCUCAUGGCAUGGACAGAGACUGUUGUGUUCCUCCGCUGCUCCAGAAGAGGUGACAGUGGUGUAUCAGAAUGGGCUGCCGGUGAUCUCAGUGAGUUUGCCGUCCAGGCGAGAGCGCUGUCAGUUCACCCUCAAGCCUCUCAGUGACUCUGUGGGAGUUUUCCUGCAACAGCUCCAAGCAGAGGACAGAGGCAUUGACCGGGUAGCCAUCUACUCCACGGAAGGAGCGAGGGUCGCCUCCUCCACAGGCAUAGACAUCCUGCUGCUGGAUGAUUUUAAGCUCGUCAUUAAUGACACAACACACCUCGUGCGGCCACCAAGGAGAGAGCUGCUGCCCCAUGAGGAGGGGGAAAGGCUGAAUGACGUGAAGUUUCUGGUGCAGCAGCUCUACACCACCCUGCGCAUCGAGGAGCACCAACUCGGCAAGGAACGGGAGCUGAUUGGACGACUGGAGGACCUCAACUCUCAACUCCGCCCCUUAGAGAAGGUUAAGGAGGAGCUGAAUAGGAAGGCAGAGCGGCGUACCACCUGGGUGCUGUGGGGCGGCAUGGCAUACAUGGCUACCCAGUUUGGCAUCCUGGCCAGGCUCACCUGGUGGGAGUACUCCUGGGAUAUCAUGGAGCCCGUCACCUACUUUAUCACGUAUGGCACGGCCAUGGCCAUGUACGCCUACUUCGUGCUCACACGCCAGGAGUAUGUUUACCCGGACGCUAGAGACAGACAGUAUCUGCUGUUCUUCCACAAGGGGGUGAAAAGGACACGCUUCGACAUUGAGAAGUACAACAAGCUGAAGGAUGAUAUCGCGGAGGUGGAGUUGGACCUGAAGCGUCUUCGGGACCCACUCCAGCUCCAGCUCCCGGUUCAGCAGCUCACCGCCAGUAAAAAUUGAUAGGAAAUGAUAGUGACUUCCUCCUCUCUCAGCUCCUGCAAACCCCCUUUCCCUCUUCCCUUUUCCGUCCUGCACCCUUCUCCCUCCCCUUUUACCCCCAACUGUUUCCUCAGACUCUUCCCUCCCACACCCAAAAAUCCCAUCCCUGUCUUGACUGUGGGAGUUAGUUUUUUCUCCUUAUUUUCUUUCUUUUUUUUCUUUUUACUUUCCUGACUGAAAACUUCAGUUGGAAUUGCAAGUGAAAACCGCUAAAAGACGAAGGAUUGGCAAGAGUACCGGGAACUGAAAAACUCACAGCUAAAGGAUGGCGAGGAUGAUGAUGGAGGAAUAAAACUGGGCACUAUGGAUAUGCCUCAAGUCUCCGGAGGGACAGCCUGCAGGGAAUUCCAGGGGGAAAACAGGAAUUAUUACACCUCUAGACACUCCAAAUCAGAGGACAUGCAGAGGGGCAGUUAUUAAGUGACGGUAUGUGUGUGUGUGUGUGUGUGUGUGUGUGUGUGCGCUUGUGCGUGUGCAUGCAGGACUUUUGGGGUACACUGGGACAUCGACCCUGGCCACUCAGCCCCGGUCAACACAGGUGUAACACAUAGUGUAGUCCUGCUUCCUCUAGCAGUCAAACUGUCAACACACACACCUGCUCUUGGUAGGAUCCAGAGAGAGUUCCCACCCCACACGUUAAAGUUUACAAGGAAGUCAGGUGGACCCUCAUCUUCCUGUGGCUGAACUCUGCUGCCUCUCCCUCCCUGGGCCACGCCUUCUCCAGGUGACGGACAGCUGUCCCUCCCAGUGUGACCUUUGUCAGGAGCCUGUCUCGACUCGCAGGAUAUAGGCAUGAGGACGCCUGGUUUCCUCUUCCUGUUGACGUCCUGUAGCGGCCCGGUCUGAGAGUACUACCGACAACAACAUCACUGUGUGUUCUUUUAUUCCAAAAAAAAAUAUUUUGGCACUUUUUAUUUUGAAAGCCAUAGUAUAUUUGUUAUGAAAAGAAUAUAAAUAUAUAUAUCUAUAUAUGUAUACAAUCAAAUAAACCAGAUGACCAGAGGCUAGUUUUUUUCAGUGGGGGGAGGAGCUCUCUUACAAACAUUGUUUCAUCAGAAACUCAUUUACAUCCUCUGAAGAUCUCCUGCCAUGAAGGACCCCCGCUAACAGUUAACACACACACACACACACACACACACACACACACACACAAAGCUUAAUAAUGUAUGCAUUUACUAACUUGAGCUAACUAUUUUAUAUUUUGUCAUGACAAAAUACACACAUUGUAAUUCACAGUAACUACAUCCAAGGUUGGAUGUAAGGCUCCUGUGCAUGGCCAUCGAAGAGGGGGAAGCCAUGUUGAAGCCAAAUCAGGGUGAAAAUGGCUUUGAUUGGAAUUGAUUUUGAGCAACGCAGAAUGUUGAUGUGGAUAAGGCCAUGCUUGACAUUUAUAAUCAUCUCAUGAAUACAAAGAUUGCCGCGGAAAUGCUUAACAUAAUAGAGACGUUACACUGUGUAGUGACCGUUGUCUCAGACAAACCCACAGGAAUGAUAUACAGUAGUUCAAUAUAUCUGAUGGGCUUUUAAAAAGAGUAAAGCCGCAUUAUACACCAGGUGCAGGAUUUGAGUAAAUUGCCUGCAGUUCAAUAUUUUCUCUUUUUCCAAUCGAAAGUAUUGUUUUUAGAGGUGUAUAUUAUCAGAUUUUCAGUGACUUGGCCUUUAGCAGCAUGCGAUGUGCAUUUUAACAAUGUUUUCAUGAUUCUCCCUUUACAAUGCUUAUUGACAAACUAACAGAAGGCAAGAUCUAAAAAAAAAAGCAUCAUGGCACUGAUUCACAGAGGCUUUUUUAGAGCGUUCUCCUCCCACUGUUACUGUAAUGCCCCCCUGCUCCCCCCCCCCCCCCCCCCCCCCCCGAUGACACGGAAGGGUAGACUGCAUGCUGUGGUGUGCCCUCAUUAGACAUUUGUGAAUGUGUAGGAGCAUUAUUGGAAUUUUGUACCUAUUUGAAUCUAGCUGAAGUCUCAUCCUUUUCCCUAUAAAUCAAAAGGUUAUAGAAGCCAUAUGUUUAUGUUGUCCAUUUUUUUAAGGGAUGGUCACUCAAUAAACCUUUGUCAGCUUGACUUGGUUUUCUGUUCAGGGUGAGGAUCGAAGGCCCCUCUCAAUGACAUGACGUCCCUGAACAUCUAGUCUAAUUUAAGAUCCUGCUUGUGUGUCUCGCGUGGACGGUUGACUGAAUCCUACAGAAGAGAUCCUUGUGUUUAACUGCCGAUUUUCGAUUCAAAUGCAUGCUUUUAGGUCCAAUCAAAAGUUAGCCAUGCAGAUCUCAAGACAGGAUUUGGUCGUGUGUGUGUGUUCGUGCCUUUUGGAUGAUUUCAAAGGUAUAGCAAUUAAUAAAUGGCAAGUUCAUUAACAUAGUUAAUAUCUUAUUUGGAAUGAAACCUUUAAAUAAAGGAGGAUUAAAUUGAAAUGCUGAGAAGUGUGUCUGGGAGUGCACUGCAGGCAAAGUUUAGACCACCAUGUUCAUGAAUCCUUUGCCUUUAAUCACCACCUGUCAAUAGUGGUACAAAUCAACUCCGCCCUCAUCUAACUUCAUAGCAUUUAUGUGUUUUUCCUGAGUAGGACGGUUUACACACACACACACACACACACACACACACACACACACACACACACACACACACACACACACACACACACACACGAUGACGGCGUUUCUUUAGAGAUGUACUGCGGCAGGUGAGAGUCUCUGUCUGCAGUCCAAUCCUUCCCUCUGCUAAUUUUACACCACACUUAUCUCCAUCAUCACCUCCUUCUUUCUAUCAUACCAUCCACCUUUUUAUUGCCUGGUGUUUGUUUUCUUGUUUAUUUUUUUAAAAACAAAAUAUAUCAAAUAUAGGGAAACUUUAUUAUAAAGAGGGUGUUGCAUGAAUGUAUGUUUACAUGGGAAAUUAUGUGAAAAUAAUAAAAAAAAGAUUUUAUCAAAAAAAAAAACUGCAAAGAUAAUUUAAGAACGUUGUUUGUAGAGAUUCCUAGUUAUAAAGGACAGUGGACAGGGCUGCGUCUUUAGAAUCUGCCCUGCCAAAUCUGACUUAAAUUCCAGCCAACCAACUGCUCAAACCACACUACCAUCUUCAUCUUAUUUACUCCCAUUAACUCCUCCCUCAACGUGCAUUUAUACUCACCAAUGAAUGGAAAAACACCCUCCAUCCUCAGUGCACCUAUGAAGGAGACCUCUUGACCUCAGUUGCCAACGUCCUGGUUUUAAGUCCAAAGGAAAAGUGGAAAAGCGCUCUUUCUUAGCUUAUCGGGGAACACCUCCCAUUCUCAUCCCUCUCUCCUGUCAUUUUCAUCCACCCUCAGCCUUUUUUUCUCCAAAGCGACAUUAUUGUUCAAUUUUUUGAAUGUGUGUUUGUUUUGAAAAAUCUUGUUUGUGUGCAAUUACAAUAAGAUAUGUCUCAAAUGCCUAAAGAGUGAAGCAGAAUGCAGGAAUUGAAAUGACGCCAUUCUGACCUCUUAUUUUUAUUUUUUAUUUUUUUCGUUUUUCUUGUCUUCUUUUUCUUUCUGUUGACAUAUGAUGCUGUAAUGUUGGCAAAAAAAAGAAAAAUGUAAAAUCCUGUAUCAUUUAUGAAAUAUGUAUAAAAGAGAAAUGUAAUUCAAUUAUCAAUAAAAUCCUUAUCCAGUUUUUGGA